AUGAUGGAACCAAUUCGUCCCCCACAAAAUAUCGCCAUCAUCGGUGCUGGUAUCGCUGGCAUCGCUUGUGCAUUGGCCAUAUCCCGGGAGUUGUCUCCCUUCGUACCAGACCUGAAAAUUACAGUCUACGAACGACAUGAUGUACUCUCCACGUCCGGCGGUGCUAUCAACUUGACACCCGUUGCCCAAAGACAUCUCGCACUGCUGGGCGUGCUUAAUGAGUUGGAUCGGAUGGGCCCCGAGGGCGGAGCCGAUGUCGAUGCCAUUGAGCUUUUCUCCAUGCGUUCGGGCCGCGGGAUCGGUGCCAUCAAUUUCACAGACAACCAAGGAAGAGGAUUUGGCGGAUAUAAAGGCCGAAGAGUCAUGCGCAUUGCUCUCUCGGUAGCUAUGUUGACCGUGGCGGAGCGUACCCGAAAUGUGGAGAUCGUCUUCGGCAAGAAGGUCGUCGGUGGCGAGGAAUUCGCGGAUAGAGCCGUGGUACGAUUCCAGGACGGCACUGAGGCUGUGGGUGACUUGGUCAUUGGCUGUGAUGGAGUCCACUCGGCGGUCCGGACCAAAUUUGUCGACGUGAACCGGCCGGCUGAGUACACGGGCUUGUCGUUCUUGCAGGCUACCAUUGAUACGAAUUCUCUUUCUUCCCUCCCUCACUUCCGUACAUCAUCGCUCAAUAUCUCGCGACAUGGCUCCAUGCUGGCGAGUUAUUGUGACCGUGAUCGGGAGCAGAUCUUCGCUGCUGCUAUCGUGCAAUUUAGUCGCGAGGCCCUGAGUCUCUAUCGACUCGAGCCUGGUCAGGACUGGGCUACCCAGAACAAAAUUCGCUGCGCACUCCGUAUGGAGAUCAGAGAUCGCUUCCGCAAAUGUGCUAUUCCCUGUAUCAAAGAAAUGAUUGAGAGCAAUGCGGAGUGGAUGCUUUAUCCCGUAUAUCAAGUUCCCCCGGGAGGACGUUGGUGCAUGAAUCGAGUUAUUCUGCUGGGCGAUGCAGCACAUGCGAUGCCCCCGCGUGAUGAAUCCGCGGCAUACGCACUAGACGACGCAAUCUUGUUCUCUCGAAUUCUGGCAAGCUAUCGCUCAGAGCCUUUAACCGAGGUCUUCGAUGCAUACGAGGGUCUCCGUCGCGAGACAAUCAACCACGCAUUCAAAGAGUCCCGUCGUAUGUGGGAACGCAACCGCGACAUGGGCUUGCUGGAAGGCAGACUGAAAGAGUGGAUGAUGUCAUUCCAUCUCAAGAGCAACGAACACGCACGUGAGGAGGCAUGGGCUUUUGACGCAACUAAAAUUGCCCUCCCCACGCCAGCGCCCAGCGAAGACUUGGUUUCCUUGAAUUCGUUUUUGAGAGACCGUACUCUAUGA